AUGACGAAUCUUGCGAACACUAUGGAGGCGAAUGCUGCUGCAACUUUGCAAGCUGCACAGAGGUUAGGCCAACCAGCGGGAAAUGGAGACGGAAAUGGUAAUGACUUGGGAGGUGCUCCGAUGACCCUAACUAUGUUUCUGAAAGUUCACCCACUGACUUUCAGAGGAUCGACCAAUCCUACGGAAGCUGAUAACUGGUUCCAACUUCUGGAAGAGGCUCAGCAUUGGUGGCAAGCAGAAUGCCGCUUACUACAACUUCAGAACACCGAGGUUCCUUGGGAAGUAUUCCGAACGGCCUUGUACAAGAAGUACUUGUCUGAGUCUGCAAGGGAAGCAAAGGAGAUGGAAUUGAUGCAGCUAAAGCAAGGUUCCCUAUCCGUGGUGGACUACACAAGCAAGCUUGAGGAACUCUGUAGGUUUUCUAGGGUAUGUCAGGGUGCCCCGGAGACCUAUGAAAGUUGGAAGUGUGUCAAGUAUCAAGGUGGCUUGAAAGGCGACAUCAUGACUGUUGUGGCUCCUACGGAGAUUCGGAUUUUUUCCGAUCUGGUGAAUAAGGCAAGAGUGGUUGAGGAAUACACAAGGACGGUAGCCUCAUCAAGGGAUACUCAUGGAGGAGACACUAGUAGGGAAUGCGAUGAUUACCUUGGACCAAGGGGACAAAACUUCAAGAAAUAUGGUGAAGGGAAGCAGUCAAGAGCUUACUCCUCUGAUAUGAAAUGUCAGGAGUGUGGGAACUACCAUGCGAAUAGGCCAUGCCAGUUGGGUGAGAAACUAUGUUACAAGUGUGACUCACCGGAAUAUUUGGUUAGAGAUUGUCCACACCGAAGAACAUGUGGGGCAGAUGGAUCACAACAACAGGGUUGA